AUGGAUGAUUCCAACGCUACCCCUUGGGACCGACUUGCGCGCGCACGACUUACACCACGGCAAGCAAGCGAGACCUUGAAUAGUCAUCGUCUUCGAGUAGAAGACGAUAUCGCAGCUCUACAACGCGCCCUCUCGUAUGCAAAGGAGCUCCGCAAUGCCAGCACCCCCUUCCUCACUCUCCCGGACGAGGUCAUACUCGAGGUUCUGCUUGCGCUGCGUGACCUGUACUACCCGUCUAGUACUAGCUCUGACUUUUCAUCGACGGUCAUAGAUCCCACGUGGGACGUUUGCACCACACUAUGCCGCCGAAUCCGCUCUAUUGCUCUCAGUUCGCCUCUCCUAUUCACCCGCCUCUCCACUCGAGUGUCGACGUGGAGCUUCAUAGAUCGAUGCAUGGAUCUGUCCGGCAGCUUGGACCUCCACCUGGAGAUUACAGAGGCUCUUACUGUACAUGAGUACCCGGCCGUACAUCAAUCUCUUACUCGCCACGGUCAUCGGAUAGCGGACGUAUCUCUCAAAGUCACUCGACAGACAAUCUUCAGGUUUACUCCGAUGCUCACAUACAUGGCGAACGCCAGACAAUUCGCUUUGUCGUGUGAAGGCCCUGGACCAGGAACUCUCUUCAGCCUGGCACUUGCCCAACCUUGGCUACCCAAUUUACUCACUUUGACAAUGAUAGGCAUUCAUAUCGAUUUUAGACCCAGCAUCGCCGACAACCUCCUCGAAUUACGCUUGCAAGACGUGGUACUUCACGAGCAGGGCGAAGAGCACUCUCUCGUAUCCAUACUCCAGCGUGUGACGCGUCUACGGCGCCUAGCUCUUGUCAAUGUCAAUUGUCAGCGAAUUGCCGCGGGCGAUCAACCGCCGCAGUCGGACAUCUUUCUACCGAAUUCUCUAUGUUACCUUGAGUAUGCGUCUUCUACGCAUUUCAAUCUACUACACCGUCUUCAUCCCUCUCCCUCCGUGCAUGUCUACAUCAUUCACACCACCGUCCCGACCGACUCGAAGAGAGAAACCCGAUCAUUAAUUCAGGUCUUACAGGCUUGGUUGGGCAAUGAAAACCGUCCAACCACUGUCGAAGUGGGCAUACGGUACAAUACAGCUGCUCUAGAAGCCCGUAUCUCAUACUGGAAAUCCCAAGAAAGCCGAGUGUUGGGACGCACUCCGGACUUCGAACUCGUCCGUUACGUUGAUGAAGACUUCCACAUCAGGGACCUUCUGUUGGGCAUCACUCACGGCCUAAGAUCCAACAGCGGCACCUUGUACGCGGAUGUCGCCGACAUAACUUUCAACGUGGAAUGGGAGUACCCGCUUCUAUGCUGCAUGAAUGAUUGGCUAGAGUGCAUCAGCCCUCUGAACGCACUUCGCGCGUUGCGUUUCACAGGUCCACGGACGUUGAUCGCCCCACCGCAUCUCUCCCUAUGGCCCGAACCCAACGUCAGACCCCUAUGGAUGCCAGCACGCCUCUUCGCGGAAGACCGCGAGCCAAUGGGCGACGUGCGCGUCCUCCUUAUAUGGUUGACUGAGCGCAGCGCUCGCGGGCUAGCCUUGCCUAAGCUCAGCGUACCCGCGCAUAUGGCAGUCGCUCUGGACGAAAUGGAGGUCGAGACCAGCUCAGAAACAACUGAUUGGCGAAGAUUAGUUACGAACUUGCAUGUCGACUACCGAGCAUGA